CCAACACUUACCUCUAUCCACCACCUGUAGUGGGCAGCAGCACCAGCAGCAGCCACCAACAUCUGGCACCACCUGUCAUGAGAGUGGCACCAGUCGUAGCAACACACAGUUACAAACACAAGACCAGGUCAUGUCUCAGAGAACUGUAACUACCAGCCAGAGAGUAAAUUUACUGAGAGCAAAGUUUGAGAAUGGGGCAUCAGGCACGUCCCCGAGGGUGCCCAAUGAGGUGUCAGGCACGUGCCUAAGGGUGCCCAGUGAAGUGUCAGGCACGUGCCCGAGUGCACCUAGUGUUUAUAUGGAUGAUAGCGCUGGUGUGCACGUUGAAGUGGGCAGCUCCCUGAAGGAGGCAACACAGCGAGCCUUAUUCGACCUGCAGUCAACACAAGAUGACAUUCCCUUCAUUGAUGAUGAUGAGGGUGGUGUGGGUGAUGGUGGUGGUGGUGAUGCUGGUGAUGGUGGUGGUGAUGGUGGUGGUGAUGGUGGUGAUGGUGGUGGUGGUGGUGGUGAUGGUUGUGGUGGUGUUAGUGGUGGUGGCGAUGAUGGUGAUAGUGGUAAUAAUGGUGGUGGUGGUAGUGGCAGUGAGGCGGAACGUGAAGACCAACUCAUCCUUCUUAGGACCAAGAAGAGUCAUCCAGGCUGCAGACUCAAGAGACAAGCAGGAUAUAUAAACCCACAACCCACACUCACUUUUCCUUCCUCCGCCAACCCACAACUCGCACUCACUUUUCCUUUCCCAGUCAUCCCACAACGCACACACAUUUUUCCUUUCCCUGUCAACCCACAUUCAACACCCACACCCACUCUGACUUCCACUCCUCCCCCAUAUAAAUCUUCCAUAAAAAUGGAACCCAAAGAGUUAGUGAUAUACAGAAGGAAAGGUCGAGUUCAAGCCCAGAAAAGCAACAGGGAGGCGUGGUUGUGUGAACAACCUGCUGACACCACACCUGCACCUGCUGACACCACACCUGCACCUGCUGACACCACACCUGCACCUGCUGACACCACACUUGCACUUGCUGACACCACACCUGCACCUGCUGAUGACACCACACCUGCACCUGCUGAUUAUACCACACCUGAUGACACCACACCUGUACCUGCUGAUGACACCAUACCUGCACCUGCUGACACCACACCUGCACCUGUAAGCUUUCCAAUCACCCACAGGCCCAAACAACGCCUGUCAAAUGGUGAAUGUGUGUUGAAGCGCAAACACAGGUUAAAGGAACACCUGUUAGGGCAUCAUCUGUUACAAGAUGAAAGCAUGUUGAAGGACGACGAUCUCUUAACAAAUAAGCACCUGCUGAACGAUGAACGUGUGCCUGACGAGCACCUGCUGAACGAUGAACGUGUGCCUGACGAGCACCUGCUGAACGAUGAACAUUUACCUGACGACCACCUGCACGCCCUCCUCCAUCACCUUCUCGUCAACACAUCUGCUGAAACUGCAGGUUGGUGCAGAAGCUUAAGUGAACCUGGGAUCUCCCUCAGGUCUGUCAACGCCAGUUCUCGCAUGAACCAGUUCAGGAAGAGCUAAAAGUUACCCAGUGCAUGAAGCUACAGCAAGGGAGAAAAGUGAUUUUCUGUAUAGCUAACAUUCGUGCAGUAAUUAUUGUAAUCUGAUCCUCUCUUUAAUGAUAGAUUUAGAUUUUGCCACCGAGGUGGCUAGUUUAUUGUGCACCCAUAUUCAUCCUGUGGACGGUAGCGCAAGAGCAUAUGGGUACAUAAAAAGCUUAGGAACUAGGCCCCAAAAGGCUUAACAGGUGUACAUGUAGGUUUUUUUUCUAUAUAUCUACAGUUCACGUAUCUGUUACAAGCAGAUUUAGGAAAUUUGCUUAGUAUAUCUGGUAUUUUAAUUUCAUCAAUAAGAUAUCUUGACAUGUCACAUAGGUUAUUAUACUGUCUCUGUAUUCCUCAAUAAGUGGACAAUUAAGCACAUAGUGUUCAAGACAGUGACCACAUGCUUGAUCACAUAAUUUGCAUUUAGUUUGAUCAUCAUCUGUGUGUCUCCCGGACUGCCAGAAGUACUUGUAACCAAGCCUAAGCCUGGCCACUACAUCAGUCUGUUCACAUUUCACGUUGCUCCAUAAACAUACUUAUCUACGUUCAUGUUAUCAUAGUGGGUUAUAGAUCUACUCAGGCUUCUAAUUGCAUUCCUAGAACAAUCAUUUUCAUUAUUUUCUUCUCUCCUAAUAUUAUUCCUAAUGCUAGACACAGAUAUACCAAAGUUAUAUUAUACAUUCUCCUUCAGGGUACUCUUCUUGAUUAACAUGUCAACUUCAUCAUGAAGGAAUAAUCCAGUGUGUGAUGGGAUCCAUAGCAAUUGUACAUUAAUUCUUUUGUCCCUGAUUUUUGAGCGUCUUUACCUGGCUUCUCCAAUGAGCAUGUUGUUGAAGUCAUUAUAUGAGUCAAGAGCCUUCAUUGAUGACAUAGAAUCAGUAAUGAUGAUAGAGUCAGGCUCAAUGUCACAGGUUAGCUUUAGCGCCAUUAGGAUUGCAAACAAUUCAGUUUACAGUGUAGACGCCCAGUUGUUAAUUCUUAUGCCUAACUCAACAAAUUUAUUAUCGUUCUUAACUAGGGAGGUGGCAACAAGAGCAGAUGCAGCCCUGCCAAGGACUCCUGUUUAGAUCCAUCAGUGUAUAUAUAACUUGUGAUAACUUAUUACUACCAGCUAGGCGAUAAAUUUCUUCUUGAGCAGUUGCUUUAACAAGUGAUUUAAGGAAGGGAUUACUAGCAAUGAGCUUCUGGGGAGGGACUUGCAGGUAUGUGAUAUUAAAUGAACACAUCUUCCAUGGAGGGGUGAAAUGCUCUUGUUGCCUACUGUGAUACAGUUCAUGCAGGUUAUAAAACUUAAUGCAAGUUGCACGUUUUCACAAUCCAUUUAGAUCUGUGUUUAUUAACUUCUAGACACUUAGUAUGGUUUAUUGUGACAGUGUCUGGUUCAUUUCUUAACAUUCUAAUACCGAAUACAGUGUUUAUCUCAACAAUCCUAUCACUGAUACUAUAAAUACCAAGUUCCUUACUCAUAUUAAGAACCUUUGUAUAUUUGGGACACCCAAGAAUAAUUCUGAGAGUUUCAUUUUGCAUUAACUCCAAGGGUCAGAGAGAACUUUCUCUAGCUAUUAAUUAUCAACAUGGGAACAGCAUAAUCAAUUAAGGACCUAACAUAGGCUAUGUACAUCACUCUCACGAUUCUCACAUUAGCACCAUAAUUGGGGUUGUAGCCAGCAACAACUUUGAGAGCAUAUAGCCUAUCUUUGCAUUUCUUAUUUAGUUGUGGUAUAGUGGAUUUGAUAAAGGGUACAUCUACACCAAGAUAUCUGUAAGUUUUAACGCAGCUAAUAUUUUUACCCUGCAAAUAGAUGGGUGGGGGAUGUCGUUUACUUGUUAAUAUCUUUGUUUUAGAGGAAGAUAUUAUGAGGCCUAGUCGAUUACAAAUUGCUUGAACUUCAUUAAGAAUGGUACUCAUCUUUUUAUGACCUGUUGUGUGGAUCAUGAUGUCAUCAGCAUAGCUUAUAGCUGUAUGUUUAGGCGAGGCAGGUAGAGCAUUUAGGAGAGCAUUAAUCAGAAUAUUAAAUAACAUGGGACUGAGAACUACUCCCUGCGGUGUACCUAAAGACAUUUCUUUCAACUCACUUCUGAAGCUUUGGUAGAGGACAGAGGAUAAUUCAGUUUACCUUAUUCCUUGUAUAUCUUCUUUUAUUUUAACUGAUUUUCAACAGUUGAGUUACUUAGCUGUUUUAACUUUGAAGUUUUAACUAAUAAGAUAUUACAAGGACACCAAUGGAAAUAAGUCACUAAGUAUUUUACACUAGGUUAGGUUAGGUAAGGUUUGGUAGAAAACAGCUUGGCAAAGCUCCUGGAGAGCGCAACGUUGCCACAAUAAAACUCACAUUAGUUGCACUUGUGUCCUUUUACUUUACAUAUUGUCGGUAAUUCUACCCACAUCAUCACAAGUUUAGAUUUAGAAAGAAUACAGGAAAGUAUUGGUUUGGAAAUAGGGUAGUUGAUGAGUGGAACAGUCUGCCUUGUAGGGUUAUCGAGGGUAGUUUCAAAUUUAGGUUGGAUAAAUACAUGAGUGAGAUGGGUUGGAUUUGAGAGGGACUUGCACAUGGGUAAAACAAUUUUCAAAGCUUAUUUCUUGGACAGCAUUGAAAAUUGGGUUGGGAAAAUAUUUUGUUAGUGGGAUGGAUUGUGAAGGACCUGCCUAGUAUGGGCCAACAGGCCUGCUGCAGUGUUCCUCCUUCCUUAUGUUCUUAUAGUAUAAAGAUAAUAAGUGCUAAGGUAUAUUUUAAAACAAAUGUAUUUUGUAACUGGAGUGAUAGGCUUCAAGAGGCAAGUGCCAGCAGUCAUCAGGAACCUACCACACAGGUCAGCUGUUUUAAUAAUCUUCCUAGCCAGCUAGUGUACCUCGCCUGUAAUUUAGUGUUACCAGUGGGGAAAAUUUUUCCUUUUAAAAUACGAUAAGGUGCAAAAUCUGGAAGAAAUACAAAUAAUGUACAGUUUUGCACAAAUAUGUUAGUGAAGAUUUACAACAAUAAGACCAUUUAUCAUCCAGGACCUUGCCACAGUGUUGUCUUAGCUAAUAACCAGUAACAAGUGGGGUGGAGUGACCAUCAUUAGAAUUUUCUUUUUUGAAAUACUAGACGUAUACAGUGGAAAUUCAUAUAACCUGUAGUUAGCAGUGGUCGCAAUAUACAAAACGAGAAGCAGAUAUUACUCCAGUAAAAGCAAAUUUUCCUCCAGUAAUCUUCACCGGCUAACUCUAUUGAUAACACAGCCUUUAUUGUGGUGGAGACGGGAAAAUUUUUUAGAAAAGCUAAAUACAAUGAUAUAUAAGCGCCAAACCCUUGUAUCAAUCUAAUCACAUAUUGCUUGGUUAAAUAAUUUUCCAGUAGUUCCUUCAUGUGUUAGUACACAAUCACCGACCUGAUAUGUGCAAAUAAGUGACCGACCAAAUUUGACUGGUUCUGAACCUUUGAGCUGUAUAGCCCUUGUGGCUUAGCGCUUCUUUUUGAUUAUAAUAAUAAUUCUGAACCUUUGACCGGUUUCAAAGGGGUUUGUUGGACAAUAAGGUAUCCUCUGACAGGACUUUAGACAGACUGGGUCUUAGGCAUCCUUAUCAAACACCCAAACAGUAACUACUAAAGCAGUAACUACUAGAGCGGUAAGCUUGUCCAAACAUACAAGUACAAAUACAAAUAGAUACAAUACAAAUAGAUCUUUACUUUAAGUAGAAUAUACAAGAGGUUAUUAGUGGAAUACAGCAAAACAAUCAUUAAAAUCACAUUAUGAAAGCCUGUGUAGUCUGCAGCCAAACAAACAAGUGGGCUUCCACAUUUAUUAAUUGCUCUACCAUAUUGUAUUACUUUUGUCACUACUACUACUACUACUACUACUACUACCACUAGUGAACAUCGAAAUGGUACCUCACUAGUAUUACACCUCACUCUGAGCCUUUAUAUACCCUCUGUGUCCAUGUAUUGUUUGUAAUGGCUUGAUAAAGUUCCUGGAGAGCGAAACGUUGCCACAAUAAAAUGUCACAUUAGUUGCACUUGUGUCCUUUUACUUUACAAAUUAUCCAGAAGAGGUAUUAAAUCAGGGAAGUGUUUUUGGGUAUGCCCAAAUGAGAUCAAUCUGUGGAAUAAAAUCACAUUAGUAUUAAAAGAGGAUAUCAUCAAAGCAGCCUUCAUUGAAAACCUGAAAGCAUUCUUUAACAGAUGGGAAAAUAAAACAUCUGGGCUAGAUGGUGCUAUUGCCCUUGGUGCGGAUGAUGUCCAGGCCGACAGUAACUGUAGGACGGGAUACUGGUCAGGUAGUCAGGAACUG